AAUAGAAAGGGUACAAAAAAGGAAAUGAAAAAAGGAAGCCCUUUUUCUCCUCAAAUUCACGACCCCCCCUCUCAAUCUUUCUCUCUCACAGCCCACACCAGAAGGGGAAGAGAUAAUAAACCAAGAAACUGAAAAACAAACGGUGGGUUCGCCUGAAAAUCGGCUGAAGGUGACGGAUUCAUACUCAGACUGGUCGCCGGAACAAGUCUUAAUUGUGGGUGGAGGAGGAAUUCACAAUAAUGACAUCCACGAGGCUAUUACUGUUGCCUCUCCUCACCCCCACUGCUGCUGCUACUAUCGUUGCUGCUUCUCGUCUCUCUUCUUCUUCAUCCUCCUCCUCUUCCUCCGUUUCUUUCAGGGUUUCCGGUCCACAAUUUCCCCAUACCAGGAAGUGGCUUUGUGGCAAAAGACAUCAAGGCAUUGUUAGCUUAAAGAUUGAAGAUGGGAAUGAAGUGCAUAUGUUUGGUUCUGAUGAUGAAAUUGCAACUCAAGUUCCAACCCAAGCCCAAACCAUUGUGGAGGGCUCAGGUGCAGUUCUUAUCUCGGAAUAUAAACCUGCCCCAGAUGUUGAUUACCUACAGGAGUUACUAGCAAUUCAGCAACAAGGGCCACGAGCUAUUGGCUUUUUUGGGACACGAAAUAUGGGAUUCAUGCAUCAAGAACUCAUUGAGAUUCUUAGCUAUGCUAUGGUUAUAACGAAGAAUCACAUCUUCACAUCAGGAGCUUCUGGCACAAAUGCCGCUGUAAUUAGAGGUGCACUAAGAGCCGAGCGACCAGAGUUGCUUACUGUAAUAUUGCCUCAAAGUUUGAAAAAGCAACCUCCUGAGAGCCAGGAAUUACUUUCUAAAGUAAAGAAUGUGAUUGAAAAACCGCAUAAUGAUCAUCUCCCAUUGAUUGAAGCCAGCAGGCUGUGUAACAUGGAUAUCAUAUCUCAAGUGCAGCAAGUGAUUUGCUUUGCAUUCCAUGACAGCAGAUUGCUUAUGGAGACAUGCCAAGAAGCGAAGAACCUCAGGAAGAUCGUAACCCUCUUUUACUUAGAUUAAUGGGAUGUUUUUGUGUAUGCAUCACACACUUAUUUCUGCUGAUUUUUCUUUUCAAUUAAUUGAUAUAGAGAAGUCAGUCCCUUUGCAAUUUGAUCGCUAAAAAGCGAAGCUUGUUUAUUAUAAUUAUAAUUAUUUAUUUGUUAUUGUUUUUAAACAAAAGUUACAGAUCUUGAAAGGUGUAGGAGAUACA